AUGGGAAGACCACCUUGUUGUGAAAAGAUUGGAGUGAAGAAAGGGCCAUGGACACCAGAGGAAGAUAUCAUCUUGGUUUCUUACAUUCAAGAACAUGGUCCUGGAAACUGGAGAUCUGUCCCAACUAAUACAGGUCUGAGGAGAUGCAGCAAGAGCUGCAGAUUGAGGUGGACUAAUUAUCUUCGGCCUGGUAUUAAGCGUGGAAACUUCACUGAACAUGAAGAGAAGAUGAUUGUUCAUCUUCAAGCCCUUUUAGGCAACAGAUGGGCAGCUAUAGCAUCAUACCUUCCAGAAAGGACAGACAAUGAUAUAAAGAACUACUGGAACACUCACUUGAAGAAGAAGCUCAAGAAGAUUAAUGAAUCUGGUGAAGAAGAUAACGAUGGCUUCUCUUCUUUAAACAGUACUACUUCACAGAAGCAACAUCAAAGCUCAAACAAAGGUCAAUGGGAGAGAAGACUUCAAACAGAUAUCAAAAUGGCAAAACAAGCUCUUUGUGAGGCCUUGUCUUUAGACAAACCAUCAUCUUCAACACUUUCUCCAUCAUCAUCAUCAUCACUGUCACCGGGAAUCAUACCACAUAACAUCCCUAGCUACUCAUCAACUUUACUUGACCGUUGUUAUGAUCCAUCCUCAUCUUCUUCCUCCACCACAACCACAACCACCACUACAAGCAACACUACUAAUACACACCCAUCAGGGGUAUAUGCGUCAAGUGCUGAGAACAUCGCUAGGUUGCUUCAAGAUUUCAUGAAAGACACGCCAAAGGCAUUAACUUUGACAACCUCAUCACCGGUUUCAGAGACCGGGCCACUCGCUGCUGCAGCUUCCGAAGAAGGUGAAGGAUUUGAACAAUCUUUCUUCAGCUUCAACUCCAUGGAAGAAUCUCAAACUCUGACUCAGGAGACAAGCUUCUUCCAUGAUCAAGAGACCAAACCGGUGAUAACAAUGGACCAAGAUCAUGGUUUAGUAUCACAAGGGUCUUUGUCUUUGUUGGAGAAGUGGCUAUUUGAUGAGAACUUGGUUGGUAUGUCGCUAGAAGCACAAGAAGCUAUGUUCUAG